CUGCAGCCAGCAAACCGUGAGUUCUCGCUCUGUCGGUUGAAGAGACAUGGAUUCGGUGCUGCUGCUGAUCAUGUUCACGUCCCAUUAUAGUCACACACCAGCAUCUCUGCUCUAGCAGGCUUUUUUUUAACGUCGGUCACCUCUAAACCUACUGACAAACGGGGAUAUAUUAUAUGCUCUCUUUUUUUUAUUUUCUCUCUCUUUCGGUCUCAGUCGCAAUCUCUCGAUCGCUUAUCGGUGAGAAAGAGGUAGGCAGGCUUGUUUCCCCGUGGAAGAGGGCAGCCUAUAGCGGGGGCCAAGGGCAUUUACUCCGUGGUCUCGUUGUCUGGAUGGUUUCUGAUUCUGGUGAUUUUUAUCAUAUUUAAUUUGAAUCAUGGCGACUGAUUCCCCUGCCCGGAGUCUGGAUGAGAUCGACCUGUCUGCUCUACGGGACCCAGCAGGAAUCUUUGAGCUGGUGGAGUUGGUGGGCAAUGGAACCUACGGACAGGUGUACAAGGGUCGUCAUGUCAAGACAGGGCAACUUGCGGCCAUCAAGGUCAUGGAUGUCACCGGGGAUGAGGAAGAGGAGAUUAAAGGGGAGAUCAACAUGUUGAAGAAGUACAGCCACCAUCGGAACAUUGCCACCUACUACGGUGCCUUCGUCAAGAAGAACCCUCCUGGCAUCGACGACCAGCUAUGGUGUUUGGUGAUGGAGUUCUGUGGGGCAGGUUCAAUAACAGAUCUGAUUAAGAACACCAAGGGGAACUCACUGAAGGAGGAGUGGACUGCCUACAUCUGCAGAGAGAUCCUCAGGGGUCUGACCCAUCUCCACCAGCACAAGGUCAUCCACAGAGACAUCAAGGGUCAGAACGUCCUGCUGACGGAGAACGCAGAGGUCAAACUGGUGGACUUUGGUGUAAGCGCCCAGCUGGACCGGACGGUGGGGAAGAGGAACACCUUCAUCGGGACUCCCUAUUGGAUGGCUCCCGAAGUCAUUGCCUGCGACGAGAACCCUGAGGCCACCUACGACUUUAAGAGUGACCUGUGGUCUCUGGGUAUAACAGCUAUAGAAAUGGCAGAAGGAGCCCCUCCGUUGUGUGACAUGCACCCAAUGAGAGCCCUCUUCCUGAUCCCACGAAAUCCCGCCCCCAGACUCAAGUCCAAGAAGUGGUCUAAGAAGUUCCAGUCCUUCAUUGAGAGUUGCUUGGUGAAGAGUCAUGGUCAGAGACCCAGCACAGAGCAGCUGUUGAAGCACCCCUUCAUCAGAGAGCUGCCCAACGAACGACAGAUCCGCAUCCAACUGAAGGACCACAUCGACAGAACCAAGAAGAAACGUGGAGAGAGGGAUGAGACAGAAUAUGAGUACAGCGGGAGUGAAGAGGAGGAAGAGGAGCGAGACGUGGGGGAGCCAAGCUCAAUCAUUAACAUCCCUGGUGAGUCGACGUUAAGGCGGGACUUCCUGCGUCUGCAGCUGGCCAAUAAGGAACGCUCUGAGGCUCUGAGGCGCCAGCAGUUGGAACAACAGCAGAACGAGGAACACAAGCGCCUCCUACUGGCCGAACGACAGAAACGCAUAGAGGAGCAGAAAGAGCAGAGGAGGAGACUGGAGGAGCAACAGUGCAGGGAGCGUGAGUUGAGGAAGCAGCAGGAGAGAGAACAGAGGAGGCGCUAUGAGGAGAUGGAACAAAUACGGAGAGAUGAGGAUAGGAGGCACGCGGAGAGAGAACAGGAGUAUAUCCGUAGACAGCUGGAGGAGGAACAGAGACAGUUAGAGAUCCUACAGCAACAGCUUCUACAGGAGCAGGCUCUACUGCUGGAGUAUAAGCGUAAGCAGAUUGAGGAACAACAUCAAGCCGAGAGACUACAGAGACAGUUACAACAGGAGAGAGCCUACCUGGUGUCUCUACAACAGCAGCAACAACAACAAAACCAAGAUGGCCGACCAGGCGAGAAGAAACCUCUGUAUCACUAUAAAGACUCAGCUAGUCCUACUGACAAACCUGCAUGGGCUAAAGAGGUGGAGGAGCGGUCCAAGCUGAACAGACAGAGUUCUCCAGCGCUGCAGCAUAAGGCCGUCUCCAGCCGGGUCUCUGAGGCCUCCCUGCCUCCUCGCUCCGAGUCCUUCAGCACUGCAGGGAUGCAGCCGGCCCGCACCCCACCAACACACCGCCCAGUUGAACCACAGAUGGCCCAUCUGAUUCCAGUGAAGACCAUGACAGGCUCUCAGUCUCUGCAGGAGAGCAGAGGGGGAGAGGCGGGGGGGAUGGGGAGGAGAGGGGAGGAGCAGGGGGGAGGCAUGCCCCCCCGCCAGAACUCUGACCCCACCUCUGACUCGAACCCCGCCCCUCCACCUCGUACCACUAGCCGAGAGGACGAUGAGCUUCCCCCUAAGGUCCCUCAGAGAACCACCUCCAUCUCCCCAGCACUGAUGAGGAAAAACUCCCCCAACGCACAGGGACUCAUACGAGACAGUCAUCCAGACCUGAGAGCUUCAGAGUUUUGUCUCGAUACUGCUCUACAGAGGUCCUCUCACUCCUCCUCCUCAUCCUCACCUUCAUCACAGAGAGGUCCACCAGUCCAGGAGACCUCCCCCCCAGCAGAAGCCACUCAGGAGGUCAGGAUCAGACCGGAGGAGGGGCGAGACUCAGGCAGACCCAGCAGACCUGCCAGCUAUAAGAAAGCCAUAGAUGAGGACCUAAGUGCGCUGGCUAAGGAGCUGAGAGAGUUGAGGGUAGAGGAGGGCAGUAGACCUCCAGUGAAGGUGACAGACUACUCAUCCUCGAGUGAGGAGCGGUCAGAGAGCAGCGACGAGGACGGAGAGACGGGGCAAGAUGGGACUGUGGCUGUCAUGCCACAGCAGGGUGAAGCAUAUGAAGGUUUGACUGAAGAACCUCUGGCAGGCUCCUUCAACACAACACAGGACAGCACUCUGAUCAUGACAGAGGCGGAGGAGAGGAGGAGGGCAGCAGGCCAUGGUGAGAGCAACGGGUUCCAUAGCAACCAUCACAGCAGCGGUAACCACGGCAAUCUCCCUGACCUGGUCCAGCAGAGCUCCUCCUCUUCACCCUCAACCCUGGAUGCACUGAAAGAGCAAUUUGGAUCUAAAGCCUCCUCCCCAUUCGGUGACCCACAGUCCUAUCAGACCUCCCCUACUGAAGACGAGGAAGAGAGCUCAGCUGGUCUGUUCACCAGUGAGUUGCUGCGUCAGGAGCAGGCCAGACUGGCCGAGGCCAGAAAGAUCAGCGUGGUCAACGUGAACCCAACCAACAUACGACCUCACAGUGACACGCCUGAGAUACGCAAAUACAAGAAGCGCUUCAACUCUGAGAUACUGUGUGCUGCUCUCUGGGGUGUGAACCUGCUGGUGGGGACAGAGAAUGGUUUGAUGUUGCUUGACCGUAGCGGUCAGGGGAAGGUCUAUAACCUGAUAACCAGGAGACGCUUCCUACAGAUGGACGUCCUGGAGGGACUUAAUGUCCUGGUUACUAUAUCAGGGAAGAAGAAUAAGCUGCGUGUGUACUACCUGUCCUGGCUGAGGAACAGGAUACUCCACAACGACCCCGAGGUGGAGAAGAAGCAGGGCUGGGUCACUGUAGGAGAGCUGGAGGGCUGCGUACACUACAAAGUCGUAAAGUACGAGAGGAUCAAGUUCCUGGUGAUCGCUCAAAAGAACGCAGUGGAGAUCUAUGCCUGGGCCCCCAAACCCUACCACAAGUUCAUGGCCUUCAAGUCGUUCACUGACCUGCAGCACCGCCCCCAGCUGGUUGACCUGACGGUGGAGGAGGGGCAGAGGUUAAAGGUCAUCUACGGCUCCAGCCUGGGCUUCCAUGUCAUCGACGUCGACUCUGGCAACCCUUACGACAUCUACGUCCCCUCACACAUUCAGACCCAGGUGACUCCCCAUGCCAUCGUGAUUCUUCCUAAGACAGACGGGAUGGAGAUGUUGUUGUGUUAUGAAGAUGAGGGAGUCUACGUCAAUACCUACGGACGCAUCACUAAAGACGUCGUGCUGCAGUGGGGAGAGAUGCCUACUUCUGUUGCCUAUAUCCACUCUAGCCAGAUCAUGGGCUGGGGGGAGAAGGCCAUAGAGAUCAGGUCUGUGGAGACAGGACACCUGGACGGGGUCUUCAUGCACAAGAGAGCCCAGAGACUCAAGUUCCUGUGUGAGAGGAACGACAAGGUGUUCUUUGCAUCGGUGAGGUCUGGAGGCAGCAGUCAGGUCUUCUUCAUGACCCUCAACCGUAGCUCCAUGAUGAACUGGUGAAACUAACUCCUCCCACCAUCUUCCUAUUGGCCUGCUCAGCUGUCGAUCACUGGCCAACUCUAAUUUCAUAAGCCAAUUAAAACAAUGGACCAAGAGAAUCAAAUCGCACCCUGAAUCAAAUAAGUGAAUUGAAUAAUGGGAGAGUCCAACACUGAAUCUAACUGAGAGAAUCAAACACUGAAUGAAUCGAACGCUGAGGGAAUCAAAUAUCAAAUCAGUGUGAAAGAAUUGAAGUGUAAAUGAAUCAGGCUCUGAGAGAAUCAAACUUGAAGACAGUGAAACACUGAGAGACUAUAACACUGUAACAGACACAAAGGACUAUAAAGAAUGAAAUAAUAAAGAGAUACAUGACUAUUAU